GACAGCAAAAUGUUUUGCUGCCACAAACGCUUAACGAAGCACUCAGCCGUAAUAAUGCUUUUGUGCUGCUUGAGUCAAGCUACAUUGGCCUUGCAAAUACCCAAAGAUGUGGAAAUUCUUGAAGGUUAUGAGUUCGAUGAAUCUCCAGAGUAUUAUGCUACUGAUGCCAAUUACUAUGAAGCACGCAGUAUGCUGACGGGACUCAAUAAGGCCAUACGUAAUAAAAGAUCAACCCUGGAAUAUGAUCAAGCCAAGGGAUUAGUAAGCAAAACGGGUCUUAACAAAAAACUGCAGGAAAGUCUAAUACAUAAUGUGGAAAGUGAUCGUAUUGCAUUUAAUCAACCACCUGCUAUAAAUAAGCAAGAUGAACAUGAAUUGAAAGCAGAGGCUAGAGAUGGAGAUAAUAGAACAGAAGGUGAGAUAGGCGAAGCCUUGCCGAAAGCUGAAAAACAAAUAAUGGAUCCUGACUACGAUUACUAUUCACAACGACACAUUGCCAAUUGGAAGGAUCAUGUUAAUGUAGAUCAUUCGAUUAACGAUGAGGAUACAGUGGCAGAGGCUACUAGUGGUUAUGCGGCUAGAGCACGUCAAGCCAGAGUGAAUUUCAUUACACAGCCAAGGAAAGAAAAUGAAUCACCUAAAGAGCUGCCAGAGCCGAGAGUAACAAAAGUAACACCUCCCUUGGGGAAACCUCAUUAUGAUCAAAAGUUUAGCGCUGUGGCUCCAUCGUACAAUUAUGAAAUGUAUCCAUCGCGUUCUUAUGAUCCAUAUUUAAGGCGAUAUGAUAGAUUUGAUGAACAAUACUCUCGUUAUGAUCCCUACAACUAUGAAGAUCAUUUUCUAUAUCGCCGCCAUUACGAUCCAUAUGACAGCUAUAGUCCACGAUUACCACAAUAUCCAGAACCUUACUACAAUUAUCCAGAUCGUCGUUAUGAUAUACCAGAACCCCGAGAUUAUUUACCCUUGUACAACAAUGAAAUCUAUGAGAAAUCUGCUUACGCUCCCAUCACCUACCCCGAUCCUUAUCCAGCUUCAUCAAAAUAUCCCAUUGAUUAUACAGCUCCCUCCAAAUAUCCCACAGAUUACGCUCGCAGCAAUAAACGUAUUGUUUAUUAUGCUCAUUUACCGGAAAUUGUGCGAACACCUUACGAUUAUGCUGCGAACACCUAUAAUCGUGAUCAACGUUAUGAUGGUCUACUAACACCCACCAAAGCUCUGCCGAAUGCAUAUAAAAUUGACAAGACCGGUACACCGGCCACCUUAAAUAAUAAUCCAAAUGUUAAUACGGAUCCUUAUGAUUAUAUGAAACGUGAUAAAAAGGAUCGUGUUACACCGAAACCCAUCAAGGUCAAUAGUAACAAUGGCCGGCAAUAAUAGCAAUUGUUUUGGCGAAAAUAUAACAAAAAAUAGUUUAAGUUUUAAUGAUCAUUAUACCAAAAAAAAAACAAGCAAGAAACAACAAAUCUUAUUUACUCAAAUUAGUAUUAAAUUAUUUACCAAUGUUU